GAAGAGGAGCGGAGGUGGCGAGCAGAGGACCUUGAGCAGAGGGCGCUGGACAAUGCCAGGCAGCUGUGGGCUCGUUUUGUGGAGAAGAACAGGCGCGAUGUGGAGGAGCGCGCCGAGCAGCUCAAGGGCAUCUCCAAUCUGGCGGCCCUGGUGGCCGGCUUUGUCAUGAUCUCCUACCUGCAGUUUGGCUUCAACACAGAGGAGCAGAAUCCGAAUGUCCUCAUCGCGUUUGGAUUCACGACCGCUUUUGUGGUGGCUUUGAGCUUCAGCUCGAUGACGGCAUGCGGCCUGAUUCAUGCCAGCAUCCUGAAGAUGGGCCGCUCCUAUGUGACCGAGGAGGAGGAGGCUGAGUUCAUACACCAGUGCAGAGAUUUCGCCCUUCGGUACAAGCCGGGCGACCGGCCGCCGCAGCCGCAGCGAACCUUCCAGAAUACAUGGAAGACGCGGUGCGAGGCCGAGUGGCAGCGCGCCUUCUACAUGUUCUCCGCGAGCAUUCCCUGGCUGCUGGCGAAUCUGGCGCUGGCGUCGUUCAUAAAGUUUAGGGCGUCGCCGCGGACGGCCAUCGCUGUGACGGUGAUCAUGGGCAUUGCCGGGCUGUACUUCUUCCUCACACACGGCCGCUGGAUGCGCUACGUCACUGGCUCGGCCGCAGACCCCCAGGGCCACAGCCUCAGCUCUGAGGAGCCGAUGGGCCUGCCGUUCGACUGGCACCUGCGGCCACGCCAGGUGUCGCGCAUGGCGUCCACGCCGCGUGCGCCGCCGAGCAGCCGCGGCCAGAGCCGGGGCGCGCUUGGCCUGCUGCGGCCCUCCAUGCAACAGUUCCGGGACUUCUCUCGGCGGCGCCUGCAAAUGCCUAUGCGGGUGCGGGCAGGGGCUGAGGACCCACUUUGUCAUCAGACUCCUCUGAUGUCCUAG